GCACACUCCCGCGACAGCGGCGCCGACAUCGACCGCACACAUCAGCCACGUAGCUCCAAAGGUGCCCUGGCGCCUACGUCAUGGCCGCUGCGGCCGGAGACGCGCGCGGUUGCACCUCGGACGACCGCGGCGGCGAUGAUCUCGAGGCGGCAGUGCGAGUCAGCCUCGUCUCUGCCGAGGAGGCGGGGCUGGAGGAGUCGGACGGUGUGGCGUUCCGCGACCUGGCGCCCGCCGACCUCCCCGCGCUGCGUGAGCUGCAGACGGCCCUCUUCCCCGUGCGGUACAACGACUCGUUCUACGAGCGGCUCUUCUCUCCGGGCUACUUUACGCUCGUGGGUAUCGAUGCAGCGCCGCCGAGCGACGGCUCGUUUGAGGGCACGGCGGUGGCCGGCGGCGGCGCCCUCGUCGCCGUCGCCUCGGUGCGCAUCACCAGCGACUGGAGGGUCGCCUACAUUAUGACGCUCGGCGUCGACCACCGCUACCGCCGCCGCGGCCUCGGCGCCCGCGCGCUGCGGCUCUGUCUGCGCGCGACGUGCGAGCGGUCUCGCUGCCAGCUGGCGCAGCUGCACGUCAAGUCACUCAACGAGGCGGCGGUCGCCUUCUACAAUAGCAUGGGCUUCCAGGCCGACGAGGCCGAGGGCCACGCCGGCCUCUGCCGCGCGCACUACCUGAUCGAGGGCGAGCCGUACGACGCCUUUGCGCUCAAGUACGACCUGCGCCCGUUGAGACGAGACCUCGGCGAGGAGGAGGGCGGCCCGUACUCGCACUACGGCUCCUCUCUCUACUCGUGGGCCCAGUCGACGUGCGAAGGAGGAUGCGCCAUCCUGUGAAGCGCGUGGCCGUGGACGCUGGCGGCGGCCGGGGCGCGGGCCAGCCGUCGCGUGCAGCGCCAGCGGCGCGAAAGAGAUCGUAUAUUUACCG